GAGUUCCUCCUCUUCUAAGUAGCAUGUCACCAACUGGAUGUGCUCCGAGUCGAAAACAUACCGUGAAGUUGACGAGUAGCUUCGCGGUGUGCAGCUUUAUUUGUCUUUUCUUUUAUUCUUGAAGACUUCAUUUUUAUUAUUCAAUACUUCAGCAUUCAAAGACGCUUUCCUCACCGAUCUAUUCGAGCCUAAUCUCCGCGCUUUGCCUUGUUGAAAUGCCUUUCCUGUUCGAUGGAAGGAAUGGACGCGCUAACAGAAGAGUGAUGUGUGUUUUGCUGGCUGGGGUAGUUCUGGUGUUGUUCUCUGUUGAAGUUGCUGGUACUCCGGAGGAACAUAAAUCCGUACAGGAACAAUUGCCCCAAGAGAAAGUCCCCACUGUACACCCUAUAAGUGUAGUUGGAAGUGAAAAUGAUCCCAACAAAGGCAACCUGGGCUUCAUCCAUGCUUUUGUGGCGUCCUUCUCCGUCAUCAUCGUGUCGGAGCUGGGAGACAAGACCUUCUUCAUCGCAGCUAUCAUGGCCAUGCGGUACAACAGGUUCACCGUGCUCGUUGGGGCUAUGCUUUCUCUGAGCUUCAUGACCUGCCUCUCAGUGCUGUUUGGCUACGCCACCACCAUCAUCCCCAGGAUUUACACCUACUACGUGUCCACUGCCCUGUUUGCCAUCUUCGGGGUGCGCAUGCUACGCGAGGGGCUGAAAAUGAGUCCAGACGAGGGCCAGGAGGAGCUGGAGGAGGUGCAGGCUGAGAUCAAGAAGAAGGAUGAGGAGCUCCAGAGGUCGAAGCAGCAGAACGGAUUGUCGGACGUGGAGAUGGGCGCCGGCACCGGUGGGCAGCAGAGCCGCUGGCGUUACCUCAUCUCCCCCGUGUUCCUGCAGGCCCUCACCCUCACCUUCCUGGCCGAGUGGGGCGACCGCUCCCAGCUCACCACCAUCAUCCUGGCCGCCCGUGAGGACCCUUUUGGAGUGGCGGUUGGCGGCACCCUGGGACACUGCCUGUGCACCGGGCUGGCUGUGGUCGGUGGAAGGAUGAUCGCCCAGAAGAUCUCUGUCCGAACCGUUACAAUCAUCGGAGGAAUCGUCUUCCUGGGCUUCGCCUUCUCGGCACUCUUCAUCAAGCCGGAUGCUGCACUCUGAGAAGCAGAACUUAACACUCAAUUUGUACAUACCUGUAAAAGUUGUUAGACUAGUCAGAGAGGCUGUUCAUUUUGUGAGCGAGUAUAUGUGACAGGGUACUGUGCGUGCGUGUGUGUGUGUGAGAGAAAUUUUAGGCUGUGUGCGCGUGCGUGUCUGGAUGCUGUCUUCUUGUCUUACUCAGUGUGUGUUCCCUCAGCUGUCUGAACCAAUAGCCAAGCAUACCUCUCCCCCUGUCAGGCCUUUCUCUACUGCCUCCCUCCCAGGACCACACGCAUCCUGGCUCGUAGUUAUUCUAAAUAGCCCUCUGGAGGACCUUACCCAAGCCCUAUGUCCCUCCCUCCCCCCCAUGCACCACCCUCCUCCCAGAGCCAGAGUCGGACCCCCCCUCACCUCCGAGUCCAGGUUCCAGAGACCUGUGCAUCUCCGGUCCUCCCCAGCCAGUUCGCCUCUGUUUUCUCCCAUUAGCAUUCUGCUGCCAUGGCAACACAAAGCCACUUCUCCCGUGGACGUGAGGUGUCGAUAACACAAGCCGGGUUUACGCCUCCAACCAUGACUCCCCUGGUUUAUAACUCAAACGAUGACUCAGCUGGUUUGUAACUCCAUUCCUCAGGUCAGACUGCAGCUACACUUCCUCUGCACUGUCUGAGCAACACUGGUGUUUAAAUCGGGCAUCCUUUCCUUACAGUCACUACCAGUAGAAGAGGAGACACUUGGCAACAAAGAGAUUGUAAAAACCCUGAGCCACUAAGUUACAUCUUUUUAUUGAGCAUGAUUUCUAAUUUAUUUUACAACUCCUGGAGCACAGAUUAUGAUUCAUGGUUGUACUGUAAUUGUUUUGUGUUUUUAGGCUAAAGAGUGUAGAUGAGUGGGUACAUUUUGUGGCCUGUGUACAUGGUAAUGCUACUGUCAAUAUUUGACAGGUUGUAUCGUAGAGACGAAAGUGCUAGUCACAUCGAUGUACCUUUUGAUUCCUGAAUGCCUGUCCUUCAGAGCUCAAUAAAGCCCUUCUCAUUCA